AUGCCGCACUUCUCUCUUCCCGCGCACGAGGCGGACACGCCGCCGGAGCCCGUAGACGCGGCCUCGCGGCGGCAUUGUUGCGGUGAUGACGUGGAGCUGUGCUGCCGGCUUACCGCGGCAGAGGAGUUGCACGGCCACGUGCGUGACUGCUUCAGCCUCUUCGCCUCCCGCUUCGCGUACACCGCCGUCGCUCUCGCGUGCAUCGGAGCGCCUUUUUCGUCGUCGCCGCCACCGGCACGGAGCGGGGUGCUUCCCGGCACACCGGAGGCAAGCGAGGCGGAGGAGGCUGACGCGCCACGGUCGGCAGGCGGCACCUUCGACGUCUCCACCGUGGCCACAGUGCUGUUCCUCCACGUUGAGGACAAGGUGGGCGCUUGUCUUGGCGCCGCUGGUGGAAGCGAUGACGACGCCAAGACACCGCUGCUGGGGGUUGUCGUCGCCUUCCAGUACUGGAGGGGGUUUUAUUGCGUUGCCGAGCGUCGCUACGCCUCGGCAGCGGAGGCGCAGGGCGAAGCAGCGGCACUGGAGAGAGGGAAUCUCACCGUGUCUCAGCUGCUGAGGAUGCCGCAGUGGCAGCUGAUGGGCGAGCCGGCAGCGGAGGCGAGCCUCUCGCCCGCCCCGGGCAGCGGCCACGCAAAACUCAACACCAGCCCUGGGAGCACCUAUAUGACGCCGGACUUUUCUGGUAUCGAUGAGAAUACAGUAGCAAAACAUGGCGCCGCGUACGAGAGUCUCAUGGCUCUGAUGGUGGGCACGUAUCUCUGA